CAUUUCCACCAAGUGGUCGACUCCUACUAGGCUGAACUAACAUUACAAUAUCAGUCACUUCGAUAUUCUGAAAGAUAUGACAGUGGCAUUGGCUGUUCGAGCUGUUUGGUCAGCGAAAGGGGCGCUUCAAGUGAACCAAAGUGUCAGAUUCUUUAUAAAACGCUUUUAUAGUAACGGCCGAAACAGAAUGGUUAAUCUUCCAUUUGGCUAUGUUUACGAUGAGAGGAUGUUAGAUCACGAAUGUAGAUAUGAUGGUACAAUGCAGGAACGUCCGCAACGCAUGACUCUCAUACACGAACGAUUGGAAAAAGAUGGUUUUUUGAAGGGAGCUGUAAAGGUUGAAGCUCGUGAAGCGAGCGACGAUGAACUUUUGCUAAAUCAUCCUGGAACUUUGAUCCAAGAAUUGGACUCCUUGAAGACUGAUGAGGAGUGUGAAGAAUACUGCAGGGAUAAAGAGAUCCUCUGGCUGUGUUCCAAGAGUGCGCAUGCUGCUCGGAUUGCUGCUGGAGGCACCAUAGAGCUAGUAAAAGCAAAUGUCGAGGGCAGGGUUGGGAAUUCAUUCGCAAUUGUUCGCCCUCCAGGACAUCACGCAUUUGGAAAGACUCCCAUGGGAUAUUGUGUAUAUAACAACGUGGCAACUGCCGCCAAGUAUGCGACAGACCGUCUCGGCCUGAAAAAGGUAGCGGUUGUGGAUUUUGACUAUCAUGCGGGCAAUGGCACCCAUUAUUCUUUGAGGGGUGAUCCUCGUUUUCACUUCACUUCAUUCCAUGCUUUCCAUCAUGGUGCCUUCUGGCCUUAUAGUUCGGAGUUCGAUUACAACACCAAAUAUGAAAAUACUUUGAUGUUUCCACUGAAUGGAGCAAUGAACACCGAAACAGAUUACGUCAGUGCAUUUCAUCAAUUGUUGCUUCCCAUGCUCAGGUCUUUCAAGCCAGAGCUUAUCCUUGUCUCAGCUGGUUUUGACUCAGGCUACUAUGAUUUACAAAAAGAGCAAGGACAGGGUGUCAAAGCUCACGGGUAUGGUCAUAUGGUUCGAUUGCUCAACGAAAUAUGUCCAAAUCGUGUGAUUGCUGUUCUAGAGGGUGGCUAUUAUCCUACCAAUUAUACUGAAGGUGCAUCCAUGCUGGUGCGAGGUCUUAAGGGACUUCCCUUGCCUCACCUAGAAAUAGGAAAGCUUUCACCGGCUUUCAAAGAAACGAUGUGGGACAACAUACUCUAUCAUUCAUUGCGGUAUCCUUCACUGAAGCAGUGGCUGCAGAAACUUCAAGAUAAUCAGAAGAAACGCGGCCUUCCAGAAUACCACUCCAAUCCAACGCUGAAUCUUGGCAGAGGAGUGCGGGACGUAUGGGACGAAACCAAAAGGACUCGAGCUGUGCGAACACGGGAAUGGUUUCCCGACUUGUCUCCCGAGCAAAAGCUGGAUAGCGAUAGAGCCAUCGCCGCCUAUGUAAAGGCUUAUGACUACUCCAAGCCUACAGAAAACCCUUCGGAAGAAUCGCUGCUUGAACAGAUGACGUGGACGGAACGUUCGGAAGUUGAAGCGUUUGUACAUAAAGCCCCUAUUUGCUUAGCUUUUAUCAACGAGUUCACCGAAUUCUUGCAAGGCAAGAGCCAGUCGAUGAUGAUCUGUGACCGGAAAUUACUAGACGUCAAAGAGCUAAAACCUUCUUGUACUCAGCUCUUUGGAAGCUCCCUCAAUUAAGAUGUGUUGUCUUGACUAGUACAUUCACAAUACCAAAAUAUCUUUUUCAAACACAAAAUCAUUAAUCAAUGAAAGGCUUAAGCAUUAGCUCUACUAUUGUGUUAUUCUAUACAGAGCUAGCGAGUAAGUGUAAACGAAGGAAAAUUUGUAUCAAAUG